AUGGUGGGUUGGAGGAUUAGAGCAAACAUGGAAGAAAUAGACGUUGAAAAACAUUACGGUGAUGGUAGUUCAAGCAAGAAAGGGAAGGCUGGGAAGAAAGCUAAAAGUGUAGGUGAUGGUAGUUCAAGCAAGAAAGUGAAGGAUGGGAAGAAAGAUCAAAGUGGUGGUGAUGGUAGUUCAAGCAAGAAAGGGAAUGUUUGGAAGAAAGCUCAAAGUGCAGGUGGUGAUAGGCAAAGUGGAACUCAAAGUGCAGGUAUGUGA